AUUCCACUUGUGGCCAACCACGGCGCCGCCUGAAUACUCGUAUUUUUUUUUUUCUCUCUUGAGAGGGGCGGCUGUGCUAAGAACCGCUCGCACUACCAGACUGCGCAGCCUCGAUCAGUCCAGCCAACAAUGAGCCAUCUGCAGAAACCGAUUGGUUAAGAGGAAAGAAGCUACGCAUGGGAGGGGGGAGAACGACAUCAAGGAGACAAGAAACACGUCUAUAUGCGGCCACGAAGUACGCGCAGAGGGGAGAAAAGAUCUUAUUUACUACUAGUAGUAUCAAACCGCCCGCUGACCAUGGCUUGAUACCCUACACUUUCGCAUCAGUGCCAUCCACAGCUCUGAUAGUCCAUCAGCAGGCAGGGGGGCACAUGUUAACCUUUCGACGAUGGCACCUCUAUAUCUUGCUGAUGGCGAUGAUCACGAUUAUCCCUGCAGUGAUACUCCAUACUCCAUACUCCAAGCUCCUCCGUGCUAGUACGAAGUUUCCCAUACUUGCUAGACUAAGUGGUGCUACGAUGUCCAAGGCGCUCGUGCUGGAUAUAUAGCCCCGCCAAGACUAGAGAAUAAGUUGGAAAAAAAAAUGAAGGAAAACAAGCAAUGCGCGAGUGUUUGCGUCAGGAGGCCGAAGGCGCUACGCAGUCAGUCGAGAAUGAUGUCCAAUGUAGCAUCUCUCAUGCUCGACUAACAGGCAUGGUUGGUGCUGGGGCAUCGACACUGGGCCACUUGGGAUCAGCACGAUCCAUCCAAGCAAACAUGGACGCUUAGAUGCAUGACACAGAGCACCUCGUGUUCCGAAAAUUUCUCUCCGUACUCCAACGACAAUCGGAUCUUGUUCUGGCAAGAUCUGGCUAAAGAAGUUAUAAAAAGAACGCUGGGCUGGUAGGCCUACUCUUAGGCUGUGCCCGUCAGGCCACCAAGCAGGUA